CGAUGGCUGCUCACAGUGGGGAUAAGCGUGGUCUUGAACAUUUGGACGAAUAUGAACCAAAGCCGGCCAAACAUAUGCGUAGUCUUCAUGAUCGCAUGGCAGAAAGGCGGUUAGUCGUCAUAUUGGAAGGGGCGACGUUAGAAACCGUCAAGGUUGGCAAAACGUUUGAGUUAAUGAACUGUGACCAGCAUAAAAAUAUGAUUAUAAAAAGUGGCAGGGACCCGGGAACAAUAAGACCAGACAUCACUCAUCAGUGUCUUCUGAUGUUGAUGGACAGCCCACUGAACAGAGCAGGCUUACUGCAGGUCUACAUCCACACAGCGAGGAAUGCACUGAUAGAAAUCAAUCCGCAGACCCGCAUCCCACGGACCUUUAAUCGCUUCUGUGGACUAAUGGUCCAGCUGCUGCAUAAGCUCAGUGUGAGGGCAGCGGACGGUUCCCAGCGUCUCCUAAAGAUGAUCAGGAACCCAGUGUCGGACCACCUCCCCCCUGGCUGCCCGCGCAUCUCCACCUCCUUCACCUCUGGAGAGGCGGUGUGCUCCCGCUCCGUGGUGCCCGAGGAAGGUCCUGCUGCCAUCGUGAUCGGAGCGUUUGCACAUGGAGCUGUUAAUGUGGAUUACACAGAGAAGACGGUGUCCAUCAGUAACUACCCCCUCUCCGCUGCGCUGACCUGUGCCAAGAUGUGCUCCGCCUUCGAGGAGGUCUGGGGUGUAUUGUGAGGAUAUGGAAGACGACCACAAGCACCAGUUUUCAGUCCUAACCUAUAGAGAUGACCGCCCCACUAUCUGAACACGAUCAUUACCCUGGGACGCUGCGUGUUGUUUUUGUGUGGAAUGUACAUCCAUUUUCCAACUGAUACCAUGGACACAAUCAAGAUAGCUCUAUCUAUAUAUAACCUGUUUUGUCAUGAAUUGUAAUAUGUACAGUUUGACAUGGUAUUUUUAGGCAUAAUGUCUACCUUGGUGUUACUCUGCCUCCUCCCAGCCUUGGACCAUCAGAGAUACUUUCAUGAGCUCAGUUUUUAUUUGUUUGGCAGAUGUGUUGCUUGAGUACUUUUGUAUUAUCUUGCUGGACUGACUGUAGAUCAGUAUACAGUUAAAGGGCUAAACAUUUGA